CCUCCCUCUCUACCUCCCAUCCAUUCUUCCCUGCUCAACCUGGACAGGUACGGUACGGGUUUCUUGGUCCAAGUCCCCGUCCGGGUGCACGCAACGCCAUGUCUGCCCGGCUGAUGCGCCUGGUGCCCCUUGCCGGGCUCUUGGUGUGCCUGCUUCUGACCGUCUUCUACUUGUACCGGGGGUCGAUCGGAUCCCCGUCAGAGCCUGGCCUGAGGGCACCAAUUCAGCAAAAUAUCGAUGGUCUGGCACAUCUGUCCAACACUCACCACCAAGUUUCCUCAGCCUCGACCCCCGAUGGAAAAUACUUCCACAUCGACUUUGGCGAACACGAUGGCUUCAAUCCCAGCAUCAUCCCCCAUCCUGUCUGGGCAGACCGAUGGUACAUAACCGCCCAGCUCGCACGCAAUCGCUCGGAAACCGAAGCCCUUUCGGUGUGGAGCGCAGAGCUGGUCUGCAUUGCAGCCUUCGUCGACGAGGGGCGCACUCUCCGCUGCAUCGAGCCAGCCCUCAUCCUCCCCCUCGCCGCGACCGCCACGGACCCGACGCGCUGCGAUGGCGAGCUGGAGUUGAUGUCCGUGAGUCUCGGCCCGCACGACGCCCGGAUCUUCUACGGGCCCGACCGACCGUACGCGGUUUACGGCUCGAACUCGCAGCACACCUGCUUCGGCCAGUGGGCGGUCGACUUCCGCGUGCUGGUCGACUGGCCGGGGGAGGAACUCCUGCGCACCCCCGCGUAUCGACACCCCGUGGAGCUGCAACGGCCGCUGCUGCCGGGCUAUGCUCCGAUCGAGAAGAAUUGGUUCCUCUUCUGGGACGUGCACGGGAGCGCAUACGUGCAUUACGACCUCGUGCCCACGCGGGCCUUUUCCCAGUUGCUGAGCAUCGCCGACGGCUCGGUCGGACCCGACUUGGCCGUCCAUGCGGCCCCCGUCGACGGGCCCUGUUUGCAGCGAUACUUGCCUGCGCUGACAGACCCCCGCCAGGAGUCGAUCCAUCAAGCGACGAACUCCCUGGCCGUCACGUUAUGCGAGCGUGCCGAUCCCCGCUGCCAACCCGACGAGGAGAACACCUUCGUGUUCAUGGUCUUUCAGCAUAAGCAGUUCGUGAACUUCCACAGCGUGUAUGAGCCGUACGUGAUGCUCUUCCGCCAGCGCGAGCCGUUUGAGGUGUUUGGGGUUUCCACCCACCCGAUCUGGAUCCCUGGGCGCGAAGCGUCCCAUGCAACGGGGCAGCAGUCGGAGAUGUUGUACGUGACAUCUCUCACCUGGAAGCAGGCCGGUCAGAGGUACCAUGGAUUCAUUGAUGAUGUGGUGUUUCUGGCGUUCGGGCGAGAGGACGCGCAUUCCGGCGGUAUUGACGUGGUUGCGAGGGAUCUGCUCGAUGGACUGGGGUAUUGCGUGGGCUGAUUGACGGUCUGGUUUUUUUCUCUCUUUCUUUUU